AUGCGCUCGUUCCUGGCGAUGCGGGAGGAGGAUGCGGCGCUGAUACGCCGGCGCGAUGAGAAGCCAUGGCAGGAGGAAGAGAUGAGAGAGGAAGGGAGGGAGGGAAUGGGAGAGAUCGGAGCGCACGACAGCCAUGGAUCUGCUCAAACUGGAGCCAAGAAAGAUGAUGGGGACGACGAGACCAGCGCCGGCAUAACCUCCAGGACAGCUCCUGGUGUAGUGUUUGCCACGAGAGAAGAGCUUGCAGAUCACUAUAAGAGCGGCUGGCAUCGCUUCAACCUGAUUCGGAUCACCCGCGGCCUUGAUGCUGUGGAUGAAGAAGAGUUCAAAAAGCUGUCGGACGAGCUUCAGGACGCAGAGAGCAGCUCCGGAUCAGAGAGCGAGUACUCGGAGGACGAUGAGGAGGAGCUGCGAGAGCUUCUGCAGGCUCAGCGAGAGAUGGGGAUUUCGCAGGAUGACUGGGAAGAGGACGAGGAGGCAGAACGAAGAUGGGAGAAGUUAUCCAACAUCGUACCUGUUGACCUUCCCCAAAACCUUGCCAAGGAGUAUGGGAACCAGAAACUUGGCAUCUUUCGUGUCUUGCUCCCAGAUGUGAAUAUUGGGGAACUGCUGAUUGAGCUCCGAAAGCGAAAGAUCUACAAAGGAGACGAAUGUUUGCGCCACAAGACAUUUCAAAGAUAUGUCAUCCGUGCCAAAGCUGGAACAAGGCAGGCUACAAGAGACGCAAUGGGGGGAUCGAGCGUGCCCAAGUCAGCAGGGUCAAGCUUGAGGAGAUACAACGAGCAGAUGCUCGAAAAAGACAUCUCUGACUUGCUGUCAUCGUGGAAACAGGACUUGGACGAUUGCUUGUUGAUCUUCGUCUUUGCUCCCGGCAUCGUCAACAGGAACUCCAUCUUCGGUUGUCAGGUGGUCAGGAAGGACGACCCAAGGAUCCGUCAUGGUCCCAACACCUUCUUGUUUGCGGUUGCUGAACGCCCCGUCCUCAAAGAAGUCGAUCGAGUCCACCACAUCAUCAUGGUCUGCAUCAUCAUGAGCCUGCAGGAGGUGUCGGAGGUUCGAAGGCAGGUGAUGGUGCGCAAGGUGAGAGUGAAGAAAGCUCCUCCUGCUCCAGCGGCUGCUGUUGCCACGAGGUGCAAGUUGGCGGUGAAGGUCUCUUUCUUGCUCUCUCUCGGCGCCGAUCCAACCCAACGAGACGGAUCCGGCAAGGUCCCCUACGAGCUCUGCAAGGGCAAGGAGGAGCGGGAUGCCUUCCGCAGAUUCUGGGCCUCUGAACCCGACAAGUGGGAUUACUCAAAGUCGCAGAUUCCGAGCAUGCUCACGAUCGAGAUGGAGGAGCAGCAGAAACAGAAAGCUGCAGAGAAGAAGGAGAAGGAGAAGCAGCGGAAGAAAGAGCAGGAGCGCAGAAAGAAGGAGCAGGCGAAGCAGAAGAAGGAGGAGGAAGAGAAGAAUCGUGCUGUACAAGAGGUCAAACUCAGUGACCGUGAGCUGCGAGCGCUUGCAGCUGAACGUCGGCUGGGCGUGACGAGCAAGCAUCCCGAGUUCGAGUGCGAGAUGUGCAAGGUCAAGGCCAGCAGCGCGCCCUUCGAGAGGCUGGGGUUCAAGUACUGCAGCACCAGCUGUGUGGUGGCCCACAAACUUCAGCUGGGAAAGUGA